CCGCAUCCUCACUCCUUCAUUCAUACUCCCAGUCUAGCCGAACAGCCACCAUGUCUCGCCAAUGCAGCAUAACCUACCAGAGUGGGAAAAAGGGCUUUAGCACGGCUUCUGCCAUCAUCCCUAGCGCCUGCCGCACCAGCUUCAGCUCACGCACCGUCUCCCGAUCGGGUGGUUGUGGCGCUGGUGGUGGAUUUGCCGGGUUUGGUGGUGACUGCACCAGCUUCGGCAGCAGAAGCCUCUAUAAUCUAGGUGGCUGCAAGAGAAUCUCCAUUGCUGGAAGCGGUGGUGGCUUCAAUGGAGCUCCAGGGCCCUAUGGUUUUGGAGCUGGUGCCAGCAGUGGAUUUGGUUACGGUGGUGGAGUAGGUGGUGGUUUUGCUGGUGGAGUAGGUAGAGACUUAGGGUUAGGUGGACCUGGGUUCGGAGGUGGCAUGGGUGGUCCUGGCUUCCCUGUCUUCCCACCUGGAGGCAUCCAUGAAGUGACUGUCAACAAGACCCUUCUUCAGCCGCUCCAUCUGGACAUCGACCCCACCAUCCAGAGGGUCCGCGAGGAGGAGAAGGAGCAGAUCCAGACCCUCAACAACAAAUUUGCCUCGUUCAUCGACAAGGUCCGAUUCCUCGAGCAACAAAAUAAGGUGCUGGAAACCAAAUGGACCCUGCUGCAGGAACAGGGACAGAAAACAGUCAGGAACAACAUUGAGCCCCUCUUUGAAGCCUACAUCAAUAACCUCAGGAUGCAGCUCAACGGCCUGGUGGGGGACAGGGGAAGGCUGGAAGGAGAGCUGGACUCCAUGAAAAACCUCGUGGAAGAUUUCAAGAAUAAGUAUGAAGAUGAAAUCAUCAAGCGCAACACAACUGAGAACAAAUUUGUGGUGCUCAAGAAGGAUGUGGAUAGUGCUUUCAUGAACAAGGUGGAACUGCAGGCCAAGGUCGACUCGCUGAUCGAUGAGAUCAACUUCCUGAGAGCCAUAUACGAGGCAGAACUGUCGCAGAUGCAGACACAAAUCACCGACACCUCCGUUGUCCUGUCCAUGGACAACAACCGGGACCUGGACCUGGACGGCAUCAUUGCUGACGUCAAAGCUCAGUACGAGGACAUCGCCAACAGGAGCCGAGUGGAGGCUGAGUCUUGGUACCAGACCAGAUAUGAGGAGCUGCAGGCUACUGCCGGCAGACAUGGGGACGACCUAAGGAACACCAAGCAUGAGAUCUCAGAGAUCAACCGACACAUCCAGAGACUGCGGGCUGACAUCGAUGGUGUGAAAAGACAGUGUGCCAACCUGCAAGCAGCCAUCGCGGAGGCUGAGGAACGUGGUGAGAUGGCCCUCAAGGAUGCCCGGGACAAGCUGGCUCAGCUGGAGGAUGCCCUGCAACAAGCCAAGGCUGACCUGGCCCGCCAGCUGCGGGAGUACCAGGAGCUCAUGAACGUCAAGCUGGCGCUGGACAUCGAGAUUGCCACCUACCGGAAGCUGCUGGAGGGCGAGGAGAGCAGGCUGUGUGGAGAAGGUCCUGGGCCAGUGAAUAUCUCUGUGGUCAGCUCCAGCUGUGGAAGUGGAGGCAGCCUUGGCCUCGGCACUGGAAGUGGUCUGGGCAUUGGAGGUGGUAGCAGUCUUGGCCUGGGCAGUGGAAGUGGUGUGUGCGUUACAGGCGGAAGUGGCCUCAGCGUGGGAGGUGGGCUCAGCAUUGGAGGAAGCGGCUUCAGCUCCAGCAGUGGAAGAGGUUCCUGCGGGUUGAGCGUUGGAGGUGGAAGCAACUCCAGCGUGAAAGUCAUCAAGACCACGUCGACUCAGCGGUGCUACAGAAGCUAAACCUUCUUCUCCACAGAAAAGAUCCUUAUUGUUCCCUGAUGUUAGCACAGUCCUGCCCCACAAAAGGACGACCAUCCUGAAGAAGACGACCAACAUUUUCUAAUCUGGAGGCCUAACCUUAGGGUUUAAGUCCUUUUUCUUGCAGAAUCAUGGACGGGACCUCAGGAGAUCAUCUAGUCCAACCCCCCGCUCAAAGCAGGACCAUCCCAACUACAUCAUCUUGAAUCAAGGACUUCGCUUUCGAACCUCAGCCUCAAAAAUGUUGGUCUAUAUCUGUACGUGUUCAAACCCAACCGUGCCUCUCUCCUUUCUCCCUCUCACCAUCUUUUGUCAUAGAAAUGUGCAUCCUCUAUCCAAUGUGAAGAGAAAGUACGUAUUCCUCCAGCUAGCACUGCCAUCUAAUCCUCAACACCCCCCCAAAAAAAAUUGACAAAAGUAAUAAAGAAACAAGUUAUGAAGGGCUUAUGGAAAGUCAAUGUUAAGUCAAGCACAUUAAAACGCUUUCUCAAGAGCUUUUUGCUGAAACAUUGGGUUUUAAACAAAACAAAGCUUUUCAAGAAAAGUUGAAAGCCAAGUGAUUAAAAAUCAAUCAAUCAAUCAAUCAAUCAAUCAAAACAGAAAUCAAAAUUACUGGUUUUCUAGUGUUAAAACUGAAAUUCAACUGUUCUUCCUUCAGGCAUUUUUUUUUAAUUUCAUCCAUUACUCCAUCUCUUUAUUUGCUGCCUUUCUGGAAUUCAAAUCAUCUGGUCUUACGUUGUAUAAAUAAUGUGCCGUGCUAUUGCUUGUUCCUUGAGUCAUGGGCCAACGUUGUUGAGUACCCCUCAUUUUCCAGUGUUUGUCUAAUAAAAUGCAUGUUCAAUUUA